CAUUAUAAUUCUCUUUGGGCUAGAUCUUUGGGCAUCUUUGCUAUAUAUAACGGUUAUAAUUUUUUGAAAGUUUUAAAUAAAAGCGAUAUCAGCUGUUCAUCAAUGUCAUUAUAAAUUCAUAAUACAGCCAAUCACCACAAAUUGAAUAAAUUCAUAACUAUUGUUAAUUUUGGGUUUUAAGCUCCGCUUUCUAGAUUAAUAUAGUAUCCAGUAUUAUUGAGAUCAUUUUUAAAAACGAAGAUGAAUAAUAAUAACGAUGUCGAUGAUUUUGUCGACCUCACAAAUUCAUAUAUCCUGGCUGAUCACUGUGCAAUAGCAGACGCUAUUAUUGAUUUGGACACAGAUGAUUCCAUCAUCGAAGAAAAUGUGAUACCUGGCUAUAGUUCAUCCCUUUCAGACACAGCUGAUGUAACACAUUUACACAGAGACACAUCUAUUCCAACAGAGAGAUUCUCCAGUAAAAAAGUACAUCAAAAGAAAAAAACCCAAAAGAAAAAACCAGCUUUAAGAACAUCUAUUAAUGAAGCAGAAACAAAAUUUGGUAGUUGCCCCGUUUGCUGGGAUGAAUUAGGUAAAAAUCCUUUAGCUUCAACCAAAUGUGGCCAUGUUUAUUGUCUCAAGUGUCUUGAAAAGUGUUUGUGUGUAGAAAAAAGGUGUCCUACAUGCAGAACAAUUUUAAAAGGUAAAAGUGCAUAUCAUCCAUUGUACCUUCCUGUCUAGAAAUACAUAAGAACAUGUUACAAGACUUGUGCCAAUAAUAUACUUAAUACAAUUCAAUUAAUUUGUGAAGUGUCUACAUUUUAUAAACACAAGUCAUUGGCUUGAGUUGUUAAGGUAAUUAAAAUUAUAAUCUGAUCAGAAGUAUGUCUUUCUGGUUGGAAUACAGAGCCUAGACAUUUUGCGACAUCCAUCGAGUGAUUUUAUAAAUAUUUUAAAGAAUGGGUGUUCGUAAAGUAGAUAUUUUUAUCACUCAGCAUGCUAGACAUCCUGAGACUAAAUAUUAGUUAACUUUUUGCGUUGUUUGAAUUUCUAUUGCUAAUGCAAUUUUCUAUUAGUGACUUAAUAUAAUACACCUGUUACCCUGCAUCCACAUUCUCCAGGAGGGCAAGGCGCGGCGACGCGAGAGUGUGGUUCCAGGGUUACAGUGUGAAAAUACUAAAUACCCAUGCUAUUUUAUUGCAUUGUUUAUGAGUAACUGAAAACUUUUUGAUUAUAACUAAUAUGGAAGUAAGACAAUUUCAUACAUUCAAAUAUUUUUAUUUGUUCUUAACACAUUGAAUGUGUUGUCGACACAGUGCGUGUCUUUGAGUGCUAGUGCUAGUGCUAGUGCGGCGGCACACAUAACACGCGUGGAGUGUGGUGAUUGACACUAGAAGCCGGUGUAACAAUUAUUCAGUGUUUUGUUGCCCCAGUCAUUGUGCAAGUUACUGCCUAAUAAUGUAAUAAAUUUACUUUUAAAAUAAAUUUACUUUUGGAUCAAAAUUGAUUGUUGAACUAAACAUGAGAAUUAUACCCAUAUUGAAAAUAUGAGUUGGAUGCCAAAGCCAAAAUAUGUAAUUUGUAAAUAACAAUAUAAUAACUUAUUUAACAUAUUAGCCAGUCACUUUAAAUAUUAGUAAUAUUCCAUACAGCAAUUGACUAAAUUCUUUAAUUUAAAAUUAAAAAGACAGCAGCUAUAUGGGAUAACUAAAGCUGUGAUAACUAUUUUUACUUGACUAUAUUUAAUAAGACAUAUCCAUAUUAUAAUUUAUAAGCUAUGACAUAUAAAUGGUGUUUUAUGUUUGUACAUUAUACCUAAUCAAUAUCUUAACCUAUGCUGAACCAAACAUGAUUGUCAUCCAGUUUACUGAAGUUAUAUGAAAGGUUAAAAUAUGAUUACUACACAAUGUAUUAUGUAUUUGCAUAGAAAAUUAGAACAUAAUUGGCAUUAAUAUGGAUUGUGGGUGCCAUAUUAUAUAUAAAUUUGUUUGUGAUAAUAAUAAAUAUUUAUAUAAGAACA